AUGGAAGUGCAAAGUCAGAGAAGGAUUUCUUUUCCGAAGGACACAGGACAAGCUGCGAAAUCGUCCAGGACGGUCGUCAUCGCUGGUGUUCCAGAUGGCCUGCUGCAGGACGACGUCAUGACUGACAUACUGAUCAUUCAUUUCCAAAUGUCGAAGAAUAACGGUGGAGAUGUGGAAGAAGUAAUGUAUCCGACAAGGAAAAAAGGAGUUGCGUAUGUAACUUUUGAAGAUGAAAAAGUUGUAGAGAGUGUUCUAAAGAAGGACGAACAUCUACUAGAAGACAAGCGGUUGUCCAGACGCUAUCCGCUGAAAGUAACCCGUUACUGUGAAAAUGUCUUCAGCUCUGUCACAUCUGUCCUCAAUAUGUCUGUUUUCAAAGAUCAGUUUGUUUUAGAAGACCUGAUACAAGAAAUUAAAAUGAAGAGUGCAGCGUUGAGCUUUGGUCCUUUGCAGUCCAAUGGGCAUAUUUCUGUUCAAGGGUCAUUUCCAGCAAUCAAAUUGCUAAGAGACUUUCUCUUGCUAAAAGCAAAAUCCCUUUCAGAGAAGGACAAAAGAGAAGAAGGUAAGUCCCAUCUGAGACCAAAGAGGAGGCUACAGCAGCACAGACUGAGCACGGAGGCGGGUAAUUUCGUUCAUGAUGCAGAUGGGGAAAAACAAGCGGUUGUUCUUGACACAGAUGUAUAUCACUACAUGAAGUACUUUUUUCCCAGGACAUUCCUAGUAAAUUAUGAUCUUGUAAUUUCUAACAUCACUGAGGGUGAUAUAACUACGGUAUAUAUUGAGAAUGCUGGAAGUAGGUCUGAUGCUGGACUGGUAUUAAAAGUCAGAGAGAAAAUUGAAAGUCGGUCUGUGAAACUCCACAACGCUUUACGUAAAGAAAGGAUCUGCUUUGAAAAGCACACCAGAGAUGAAAAGCGGAGAUACAAAUGGGCGUGUGAAAGUCUGAAACCUCGUUACCCCUAUGUUUUGAUCAUUCCUUAUGACACUCACAUUGAUGUUAUAGGAAAGUCUUCUGACAUUUUUGACUUUACAAAGGAAGUGAGCCGUAGGAUUCAGAGCCGGUUUCAAACCAGGUAG